AUGGACAUCGCGUCGUUGACGACCGUGUUCACUCCUGCGGCCUCGUGCAUCUCCAACAUCUACCUCUUUGAGAACGCAUCGUACACAUGCGUCGGCGGCAAGAAGACAGUCCCCUGUGGAGAAUAUCAUCUGGGCCCGACGACGCCCUCGACGGCCUGUCUGCCGACAGGAUGGUCCCCCGCUACUGACGCCUAUUUCUCGCCCGGCAUCCACUGUCCGUCGGGCUACACGACUGCGUGCUCCAACGUCAUCACCGUAGGCAUCGUGACGGAGACGAGGGCGACGUGUUGCCCCAGCUCCUACAACUGUCAAACCGCGAGCAACCUACCAUUCUACUCGUCAGAAGUCUGCUCCUUCGCCAACCCCGUCUGGAACACCUUUGUCUACACCUCGAGCGUCUUUGGUGGCGACUUUGUCACCUCGAGCCAGACGGCCAACGGCAUCAACGCGUACGGCAUCAAGCUCCGCUGGCAGUCGAGCGACAUCGCGACUGCAACGCCCACGACGACGCCCGAGAUAACGCCAGAAGCGGUGCCCGGUUCCUCUCAAAGGCUCGCUUCAUCGAUGCCAACAGGUCUGACUCGAGGCGGCUCGACGGGGCUUUCUGCUGGCGCCAAGGCGGGGAUCGGCGUAGGGGCGGCGGCGGCCGUGGUCUUUUUGUUGGCAGGCGCUCUGCUUCUCUGGCGGCGUCUCCGGAGACAAAGGUCAGGACAGGGACAUGCCUCUGAGAAAGAUGCCACGUCACGUCCUCACGAGGUGGAUGGGGAGUCUGCAUGGAAGGCGGAGCUUCAUGUGCCGCCACCGUACGCCUCGAAACCACACAUGGAACCGGUGGAACUGGCUGCCGAGCACGUGAAGAGGUGA